UUGCUUUUGGACGAAUUUUCGAAUGUCGCUGUUCGUCGCAAUGCUCAUUCUCCUUUUCCUGUCAUUGUCAUCGACGGUAUCGUCGCCACUCUCUUUUUCGUCGUGCUCAAACCACAAUUCGCAAUGUCCUACGUUGCCGCCCAUAUCAUGAACAAAACUCGCCGUUAAAGGAACCUGCUGCCGCAAAUAAAUGCACUGUCAUGGGCAACGUUGGUCAUAUUACGGUGUGGGUAGGUUGUUGGUGAAGUCACAUCGACAUCCGCGCGCUCUAUGGUCUCAGCAACAACAGCGAAAUAUAAUAUGGAGACAACAAGCUCGACAUGCAUUCACGAUCGCCGGUCAGGACUCAGCGGUGAGUUAUGUUAAAAUUUAUGCAUAAUUUGGAGAUUACGUCAAAUGUUGGUGUAAAACUCGACAUAUACGCUAUCCCUCACCUAAUGUCCAAGCGAUAACGAUGGAGAUUCGAUGUCUGUAAUUUCCCACUUCGCAAAGGUAGUGGCGAAGGAGUAAGGUAUGCAUUCGGGGGUUCUUCUCUUCCGUUUGGAUCAAGCGGCGCGAUCCCGAAGGCGGCACGACUCUGACUUUUCCCACGGAGACCACGUUUAUUGUUUGGCGAGACAUCUGAGACAAAAUGCCUCCGGUAAAAGUUCAGCUUACCCGGUAGGCUCUCGUUCAACCUUUCUCCUACCAACGAAAUUUGCGGUCGAAAGAUGUCGGAAAACGUCCCCAAAAAGACAGAAAGCCCCUACGAUAAUGCCAGGAUCAAGUCCGAUGUGCAAGAUACUCUUCAAAUGUCGUUGAAGCGGAUACAGAACAUCAAAAGCCACCUGGACAGUGCUCCCAGAGGACAGAGAUUGCAGGGUAAAGUAUGCAUCGUAACUGGUGUCGGAUCCAUGAAGGGAAUUGGACGAGCUUCAGCGUUACGCUAUGCUCAUGAAGGAGCUGCUCAUCUCUAUUUAGUCGACUUCGAUGCAACGAACCUUCCUGAACUACAAUCCACCAUUGAACGAACGUACCCGGAUGUCAAGGUAACCACCGACGCAUUUGAUUGUGCUUCAGAGAAGCACAUCGUCGCCCUGUGUGAGCAAGCUUUGAAAGAAGAAGGUCGUUUGGACGUGUUCUUCGCGAAUGCAGGUAUUGGGACUAGAGAUGUUUUGGCCAAUAUUUCCUCCGAAACUUUCAUGGAAACAAUGAGAGUCAACACCCUCUCCUGUUUCCUGGCAGUCAAAUACGGGUCGGAAGCAAUGCAAAAGACGAAUCCUUCAAGAGGAAAGGAGCUUGGUGGCGGUAGUAUCAUACUGACCGCCUCUAUUGCUGGUAUCCGAUCCGGGGCUGGUACGGUUGAUUACUCUGCGUCCAAGGCUGCUGUGAACUCCCUUGCAAAAACUUGUGCUUACCAGCUCGCACGAACUGGGGUCCGUGUGAACACUAUCUGCCCAGGUAUCAUUGAGACUGGCAUGACCGCUUUCACAUUUGAGUAUGCUCGACGGAGAGGUACUAUGGGUAAAAUGGGGCAGCUCAACCCACUUGGAAGAUGGGCGAUGCCGGAGGAAGUUGCUCAGCUAGCAACAUUCUUGGCAUGCGAUGAUUCCAGUUAUGUCAACGGACAAAACAUCGCCGUUGACGGGGGACUUUCAUCCUCCCAUCCGACCGUGCCCGGGAAGUUCGUGUAGGCUUGCGUGGCUUUCAGAGACCUCUCGUCCAACCACCUGUAACAACUCGCACAUUCGCAUACUUAUCCGAUUCCUCCCGGUAGAAUUCAUUGUAACA